GGUGGCGGAUCCAAGAUGGCGCCGUGCGGACGUGUCCGGAGCCGCUGCCCGGGCCCGGCGCUGCUCCUGCUGCUGGCGCUGGCGGCGCGGCCGGCGGCGCCCGGCCCUCCCGCCGGCCCUCCCGGCGCCGCCGGUGCCCUGCCCGGAGUGGCGCAGCCGGCGGGGCCGGGCGCGGCCGUCCCGCGGAGCGCCCGCGGCGGCGGGUCGGGCAGCGGGUGGAAGCUGUCGGAGGAGGCGGUGUGCCGGGAGGACGUGGUGCGGCUCUGCUCCAAGCACAGCUGGGCCAACAACCUCGCCGUGCUCGAGUGCCUGCAGGACGUUCGCGAGCCAGAUAAUGAAAUCUCUUCAGACUGCAAUCAUCUCUUGUGGAACUACAAGCUGAACCUGACAACAGAUCCGAAGUUCGAGUCCGUGGCCAGAGAAGUCUGCAAGUCCACUAUUGCCGAGAUAAAGGAGUGUGCAGAUGAACCAGUUGGUAAAGGCUUCUUGGUGUCAUGUUUGGUGGAUCACAGGGGCAACAUCACUGAAUACCAGUGCCAUCAGUACAUCACCAAGAUGACAGCCAUUAUCUUCAGCGAUUAUCGGCUGAUCUGCGGCUUCAUGGAUGACUGCAAGGCUGACAUCAAUCUCCUGAAAUGUGGCAGCAUUCGACCUGGAGAAAAGGAUGCUCACUCACAAGGAGAGGUGGUGGCAUGCCUGGAAAAAGGCCUGGUAAAGGAGGCAGAGGAGACUGAUCCUCGAAUUCAGGUUUCUGAUCAGUGUAAGAAAGCAAUUCUUCGUGUAGCUGAGCUGUCUUCAGAUGACUUCCACCUGGACCGGCAUCUCUACUUCGCGUGCCGAGACGACAGGGAGCGAUUCUGUGAAAAUACUCAGGCUGGGGAAGGCCGAGUCUACAAGUGCCUCUUUAAUCACAAAUUUGAAGAAUCAAUGAGUGAAAAGUGUCGUGAUGCACUGACCACCCGCCAGAAGCUGAUUGCCCAAGACUACAAAGUCAGUUACUCGCUGGCCAAGUCCUGUAAGAGCGACCUGAAGAAGUACCGGUGUAACGUGGAGAACCUUCCCCGCUCCCGGGAAGCCCGGCUCUCCUACCUGUUGAUGUGCUUGGAGUCUGCAGUGCACAGAGGUCGGCAAGUGAGCAGUGAGUGCCAGGGUGAGAUGCUGGAUUACCGGCGCAUGCUGAUGGAGGACUUCUCGCUGAGCCCGGAAAUCAUCCUGAGCUGCCGAGGGGAGAUCGAGCACCACUGCUCGGGGCUGCACCGCAAGGGCCGCACCCUGCACUGCCUCAUGAAGGUGGUGAGGGGGGAGAAGGGCAACGUCGGCCUCAACUGUCAGCAGGCACUGCAAACCCUGAUCCAGGAGACUGACCCGGGUGCCGAUUACCGCAUCGACCGCGCGCUCAACGAGGCCUGCGAGUCGGUGAUCCAGACGGCCUGCAAGCACAUCCGCUCGGGGGACCCCAUGAUUCUGUCUUGCCUGAUGGAGCACUUGUAUACUGAGAAGAUGGUGGAGGACUGUGAGCACAGGCUCCUGGAGCUCCAAUAUUUUAUAUCUCGUGACUGGAAGUUGGACACAGUCCUGUACCGCAAGUGCCAGGGAGACGCCUCCCGGCUCUGCCAUACCCAUGGCUGGAAUGAGACCAGUGAGCUGAUGCCUCCAGGGGCUGUUUUCUCCUGCCUGUACAGGCAUGCCUAUCGCACAGAGGAGCAAGGAAGGAGGCUAUCACGGGAGUGCAGAGCAGAGGUCCAGAGAAUCCUCCACCAGCGAGCCAUGGAUGUGAAGCUGGACCCAGUUCUCCAGGACAAGUGCAUGAUUGACCUGGGGAAGUGGUGCAGUGAAAAAACAGAGACAGGGCAGGAGCUGGAAUGCCUUCAGGACCAUCUUGAUGACUUGGUGUCUGAUUGCAGGGACAUAGUGGGAAACCUCACUGAGCUGGAGUCUGAGGACAUCCAAAUUGAAGCCUUGCUGAUGAGAGCAUGUGAGCCCAUUAUCCAGACAUUCUGUCAUGAGGUUGCAGAUAACCAGAUUGAUUCUGGGGAUCUGAUGGAGUGUCUAAUACAGAACAAACACCAGAAGGAAAUGAAUGAAAAAUGUGCAAUUGGAGUUACUCAUUUCCAGCUGGUUCAAAUGAAAGAUUUUAGGUUCUCAUACAAGUUUAAAAUGGCUUGCAAGGAGGAUGUGCUGAAACUUUGCCCCAACAUCAAAAAAAAGGUGGAUGUAGUGAUCUGUCUGAGCACAACUGUGCGCAAUGACACUCUGCAGGAUGCCAAGGAGCACAGGGUCUCUCUGAAGUGCCGCAAACAGCUGCGUGUCGAGGAGCUAGAGAUGACUGAGGAUAUCAGACUUGAACCAGAGCUGUAUGAGGCUUGUAAAAGUGACAUCAAGAAUUACUGCCAAAACGUGCCCUAUGGCAAUGCUCAGAUUAUUGAAUGCCUGAAAGAAAUCAAGAAGCAGUUGAGCACAAGGUGCCACCAGAAGGUGUUUAAGCUGCAGGAGACGGAGAUGAUGGAUCCAGAACUGGACUACACACUCAUGAGAGUCUGCAAGCAGAUGAUCAAGCGGUUUUGUCCAGAGGCAGACUCAAAAAAUAUGCUACAGUGUUUGAAACAGAACAAGAACAGUGAAGUGAUGGAUCCUAAAUGCAAGCAGAUGAUUACCAAGCGCCAGAUCACACAGAACACAGAUUACCGCUUAAAUCCCGUGCUCAGGAAGGCGUGCAAAGCAGACAUACCAAAAUUCUGCCAAAAUAUCCUGAACAGGGCCAAGGAUGAUACAGAGUUGGAAGGGCAAGUCAUCUCAUGCCUGAAGUUGAAAUAUGCAGACCAGCGUCUCUCUCCUGACUGCGAGGACCAAAUUCGAGUCAUAAUCCAGGAGUCAGCCCUUGAUUAUCGGCUGGAUCCCCAGCUUCAGAUGCACUGUUCUGAUGAGAUUUCCAGCUUGUGUGCAGAAGAAGCAGCAGCUCAGGAGCAGACGGGGCAGGUGGAAGAAUGUCUGAAAGUGAAUCUGCUGAAAAUAAAAACUGAAAUGUGCAAGAAGGAAGUGCUCAACAUGCUGAAGGAAAGCAAAGCAGAUAUAUUUGUUGACCCAGUGCUCCACACAGCCUGUGCCCUCGACAUCAAACACCACUGUGCUGCCAUUCCACCGGGGAGAGGACGCCAAAUGUCAUGCUUAAUGGAAGCUCUGGAAGAUAAGCGUGUGAGGUUGCAGCCUGAAUGCAAGAAACGCCUUAAUGAUCGGAUUGAAAUGUGGAGCUAUGCUGCAAAGGUUGCCCCAGCAGAAGGCUUUUCUGACCUUGCCAUGCAAGUUAUGACCUCUCCAUCCAAGAAUUACAUACUGUCUGUGAUCACGGUUGGCAUCUGUGUACUCUUCCUCAUCGGCCUGAUGUGUGGACGCAUCACCAAGCGGGUGACAAGAGAGCUCAAGGACAGGUAGAGCCUGGAUUUCCUGCUGAAGAAAUGCCUGCCCAGUGCCCAGUUUUGUACAGCCCUCCUCUGUAUAGUCUACCCACCCCCUCUUGUGAGAGGAGAAUAAAAA